AUGCUGAAAAAACUCUUUAAAUUCCUGGCACUUUUUGCUUUUCUAAGUCUGGCAUGUUUUGUUUUGCUUAUGUUGUACAGCAAAGACAGCACAGUUUUCUUUACUAAGCCAUAUCAUGUGGCAAAUGGAAAUGACACACUUUCCUGGGUGAUAAACGAUAGUGUUCAACAGCUGUGGGCAAAACAUUUGGGACCCUGCCCUGACACCCCUCCAAAUCUUUUCAGUCCUCUCACUGUGGAUUUUAACUCUAAAUGGACUUUGGAUGAGGUGACACAGGAAGUCAGUUCUCCUCUUCAGGAGGGAGGAAAGUACAAGCCACCAGACUGUAUCUCCCAACAUAAGGUAGCAAUCAUUAUCCCGUUCCGAAAUCGGCAUGAGCACCUGAAGCACUGGCUGCACUACCUCCAUUCUAUAUUGAUGCGACAACAGUUGGACUACGGUGUAUAUGUUAUCAACCAGGAUGGAGAGGGAGUGUUCAACCGGGCUAAACUGAUGAAUGCAGGCUAUGUUGAAGCACUGAAGGAAUAUGAUUAUGAGUGCUUUGUCUUCUCUGACAUAGAUCUGGUUCCCAUAGAUGACCGUAAUCUUUAUAGAUGUUUUGACAAUCCCCGACACCUAGCAGUGGCUAUGGACAAAUUUAACUUUCAGUUACCCUAUAACAACUACGUUGGUGGGGUCUCCUCAUUGUCCAAGGAACAAUACUUAAAGAUUAAUGGCUUCCCGAACACUUACUGGGGUUGGGGUGGUGAAGAUGAUGAUAUCUAUAGGCGAAUUACCUUCCAUGGAAUGUCCAUUUCUCGGCCUGACUUAGUGACUGGAAAGUAUAAAAUGAUCAGACAUGAAAGAGACUUGCACAAUGAGCCUAAUCCAAAGAAUCCUGGCAAACUGGACCAAACACAGUGGACCAUGGAUACAGAUGGGAUUAAUUCCCUCAAAUACACAGUCAAAGAGAUUGUGAAGGAUAUACUGUACACUUUUAUCACCGUGGAUAUUCAGGCUCCACCAAGCUGA